ACGCCAGCAUCUGUUCUGGAGAUGGUUCCGGAGAUGAUGACGACGACGAGAGGAGCAAGAAGAGGCAGAAGAAACGAGGCAUCUUCCCCAAAGUGGCCACCAAUAUCAUGAGAGCGUGGCUCUUCCAGCACCUCACGCAUCCAUAUCCUUCUGAGGACCAAAAGAAACAGCUGGCACAAGAUACGGGUCUUACCAUCUUACAAGUCAACAACUGGUUCAUCAAUGCAAGGCGGAGGAUAGUGCAACCCAUGAUUGAUCAAUCAAAUAGAGCAGGGGGGACCAUUCCAACUCCUGGAUCUGCCUACAGCCCCGAGUCAUCUGCAAUGGGCUACAUGAUGGACGGUUCUUCACAAAUGCACAUCAGGUCAUCAAGUCUUCAAAACCUCUCAUGUCCGGACAACAUGACGCUGGGUCACAUGGCCGGAUACUCCCAGCUGCGGUCCCCAGUCCACUCGCAGGCGAUGCUACUACCGGGCCACCCCAUGAUGAUGACCCACCCUUCCUUGCCUCCACCUCCCCACAGCUCCCCCUACGACAGUUCGCCCCCCUCCAUCAUGGAUCUGCAUUCCAGCUAAUUAGCGAACUGAAUCAAAAACUGUAUUUAGAAAUCUUUAUGGACUGCUCUCACUCGGAACGUUAUGUUCUUUUUGCGGAUACAAAAUCAGCCAUUCUUGUAAUUAAUCAAAUAAAGUGUCA